GUGUCUCCGGUUACGCUGACUGUGCGCAUAGAUGGCGACGGCCAUUUUGUUGUAGUCCUACUGUACACUGCCUCACAUACCGGAAGUUGUGUCCAAAAGUUUCCGGGCGAUAGGGGAACGAGGAGGAGGUGAUACUCUGAUACAUUUUGUUGCCUUUGAAUGGAAGGAUUACACAGUAGUGAAAAAGACGUGAUCAGCAGGAGUCACCCAGCGGCCACCCUCGUGUGUCAGGAGGACUGAGCAGGAACCAGAGCCCCAUCCCGGUGCCUCCACCACAUUCACUGAUACAUGAGAGACACAAUGACCAGAAGAUCCUGGAACUCACCAACAAGAUCAUUCAGCUGCUGACUGGAGAGGUGACCGCUGGGAAUGGGACAUUAUACAGUAACACCAGGUUCCUACAAGGUGUGAGGAUGUCACUGUCUAUUUCUCCAUGGAAGAGUGGGAGUGUAUAGAGGAACACAGGGGUCUGUACAAGAACGUGAUGAUGGAGAAUCACCGGCCCCCCACAUCACUGGAUGGGGCCAGUAACGGGAAUACCGCAGAUGAGAAUCACAGUGUCCCACAUGAGGGUCAGGGCCAAGGACUGACUGUUAUUAAAGUAGAAGAUACAGAGGGAGAAGAAGAGCUGCAUGUGACCAAUAUGAAGGCAGAAGAUACAGAGGGAGAAGAGACGUAUGUAACUGACAUGAAGGUAGAAGAUACAGAGGGAGAAGAAGAGACGUAUGUGACUGAUACAAAGGUAGAGGGAGAAGAAGAGACGUAUGUGACUGUUAUGAAAGCAGAAGAUACAGAGGGAGAAGAAGAGACGUAUGUGACUGUUAUGAAAGCAGAUGAUACAGAGGGAGAAGAGACAUAUGUGAGGAAUGAUCAGCAGUGUAAGGAGGAGGAAAUCAGCACAGAUUGCUGCAACAUAAGAAAUAGUGUUGGGAGAAAUCUCAUUUUAUCUCCAGAUUGUAGAAUACACGAAAACAACAUAGCACAAGAUUCCAUAGAAAACCCUAUUACCCCAGCUAUACAUCAGGUACAUUGCAGAGCAGAUGUAUCACCAUUUAUUCCAUCUACUCUUGAGGAAAGCUGUCCUGAUAUAUCCGAUAUUGUCAUACAGAAUACAGCUCACAAUGGGGGUAAACGGUUUCUGUGUCCUGAGUGUGGGAAAUGUUUUACAGAGAAAUCAAAACUUGCAAAUCACCAGAGAGUGCACACAGGCGAGAGACCAUUUUUAUGUCCUGAAUGUGGAAAAUGUUUUGCCGAACAGGGAACACGUGAUGCUCAUGUGAGAACUCACACGGGUGAGAGGCCAUUUCCAUGUCCCGACUGUGGCAAUUGUUUUUCAAAGAAAUCAAAUCUUGUUUCUCAUCAGAGAACUCACACAGGUGAGAAGCCAUUUUCAUGUUCUGAGUGUGGGAAAUGUUUUACACAUCAGGGAACUCUUGCUGUACAUAAGCGAACCCACACAGGUGAGAAGCCAUUCUCGUGUUCUGAGUGUGGAAAAUCUUUUACACAUCAGGGAACACUUGAGGCACAUAAGGGAGCUCACACAAAACCAUUUACAUGUUCUGAGUGUGGGAAAUGUUUUGCGAAGCACCGAGCACUUGAUGAUCAUCAAAGAACUCACACAGGUGAAAAGCCUUUUCCAUGUCCUAAGUGUGGGAAAUGUUUUGUACAUCAGAGAACACUUGCGGCACAUCAGAGAAGUCACAUGGGUAAAAAAACAUUCUCAUGUUCUGAAUGUGGGAAAUGUUUUGCACAUCAGGGAACACUUGCGGCACAUAAAAGAACUCACACAGGCGAGAAGCCAUUUCCUUGUCCUGAGUGUGGCAAAUGUUUUACACAGAAAUCACAUGUUGUUGCUCAUCAAAGAGUUCACACGGGGAAGAAGCCAUUUCCAUGUCCUGAGUGUGGGAAAUGUUUUGGACAGCAGGGAAAACUUGCUGCACAUAAGAGAACCCACACAGGUGAGAAGCCAUUUUCAUGUCCUGAGUGUGGGAAAUGUUUUACACUGAAAUCACAUGUUGUUGCUCAUCAGAGAAUUCACACCGGUGAGAAGCCAUUUCCAUGUCCUGAGUGUGGGAAAUGUUUUACACAGAAAACACAUGUUGUAGCUCAUCAGAGAAAUCACACGGGUACAAAGCCUUUUUCAUGUUCUGAGUGUGGCAAAUGUUUUGGACAGGAGGGAAAACUUGCUGCACAUAAGAGAACCCACACAGGUGAGAGGCCAUUCUCAUGUUCUGACUGUGGGAAAUGUUUUACACAUAAGUUAAUACUUGAGGUACAUAAGAGAAUUCACACAGGUGAGAAGCCAUUUCCUUGUCCUGAGUGUGGUAAAUGUUUUACACAGAAAUCACAUGUUCUUGCUCAUCAGAGAACUCACACGGGUAAGAAGCCAUUGCCAUGUCCUGAGUGUGGAAAAUGUUUUGUUUUUAAAGGAGAUCUUACUAAUCAUCAGAGAACUCACACAGUAGAAUGAAUGAAUACUAAAUGGUUCCGAUACCUGUUGAAGAAGCUGUGAUCUGCAUGGGGCCUUCUAUGUAUGUUUAAUUGAGCUUCCCCAAAGUUGAACUGUUUUGGGAACAGAUAAUCUCCCUGGUAUUCUAGAUUCUCAGUCUACAAAUUCCAUAUGAACCAAAGUACAUCCUUCUCCCCUUCCUAUCCCAAAUUGUCUUAAAUACAUUCAUAAAUUAUUCCGCAUGAUUGCUAUACUAACUGCCAUAUAGCUGCUUCUUGGAAGACGUUUUGGGCAGUGUGGACGGUGUAAUAGAAUUGCUGCCUCACAGCACUGAGGUCAAUCACACUGUGGCAAACACGCAGGACCCAUCUUGCACAUGCGGCGGGUGUAAAAAUCCAAUUGGUUUCCCAUUGUCUUGUAUGUAAUAAUGUAAUACACAGUGUCACUACUAUUUCUUUUCACUGUUCUGUAUGUAUAUAUUUUGCUUCUUGAUUUCUGUUAAAUCUCCAAUUGGCCUAGAAUUGUACAGCAGUCUCAAUAAAGUGUUACGUUGUACUAUAAA